AUGAAGAAAGCCCGUGAUCCAGUUGCUGGCCCAAUACGUGGUUUCGCACGGUCUCUGGCAAACGAAAUGCUAGCAUUGGAUAUCGUAUGGGUAGACCUUGAUACCAAUUCAGACACGACGCAGCGGGUCAACGAAACAAUUAUGGAAAUCAGAAAUAGACAAAAACUACGAAGCCGUAAGGAGGACUCAUUUGUAACCUAUCGAGACGGAGUUCGCUAUGUGGGAAAAUUUGUUCCACUCGUGUCCCAUCAUACCAUGCUUACGCUUCCCCAAACAGAAAACCCUAUCAAAUUAAAACUUCCGAAAUCUUGCGCCAUCGAAGACCUACAAUGGGAUAAUUCUACUAUAAUUGGGGCCUCCCCAGCCUUAAAUGCAAAUCAGGUUGAAAUCAGGGUUCAUGCAUCAGCGAUAAACUUUAAGGAUAUUUUAAACAUCAUUAAGCCUACGCUGGAAUUUGCAUCAGCGUCUACCAUAGGAGCAGAUAUUUCCGGGGAAGUAAUUGGAGUGGGAUCGGCUGUUCGUGGUUUACGCAUCGGAGCAAACGUGCUCGCAAUGAACAUGGAACCAGCCCCACUUCCCAACGUUGUUAUAAUUAAUGCAUCCCAUGUGGUGCAACUUCCCCCUCGGAUGACCCAUAUUGAGGGAGCCACUCUGCCGACCGCAUUUUACACGGCGUACCACUGUCUUGUAACCGUAGGUAACUUGAGUCGAGGAGAAUGGGUCUUGAUUCACACCGCCUCUGGAAGCGUGGGUCUUGUAGCUAUUCAGAUCGCACGGGAAAUCGGGGCCAAUAUUAUUUGCACGGCUGGGAGCCGGAGGAAACGGGCCUACUUGACCCACGUUAUCGGAUUGACAAAUGUCACAAGUAGCAGGGAUAUUUCCAGUUUUCUAGAAGGAGUUCGUAGCGCAACAGGGAACGCUGGAGUCCACGUCGUCCUCAACUCACUUACAUCGAAAGGGUGGAAAGAAGCUUCAAUGUCUAUGACCAGAAUAGGCGGAAGAUUCAUAGAGAUGAGCAAAUUAAAUAUAUGGAGCCAAAUUGAGGUUGAUCAACUCCGUCCAGAUGUGAAAUAUUUGAUAGUAGACCUCAGCGUUUGCGACGACUCUCGUUCAAGGGCGGCCCAUAUAGGAAAAGUGGAAAAGACGAAAGAUAUUUUCAAUCAACAUAGCACAUAUUUGGUUACAGGAGGGUGUGGCGGACUGGGGAUUGAGCUAACUAAAUUUAUGUUAUUGAAUGGAGCAAAACACAUCGUCCUAGUAAGCAGACGGCAUGAAGGGAAGGAAGCUGUAUUGUCAAAACUGGACAACCGUGAUGCAUACGUCCGCUACGCUAAGGACGAGUUAAAUGGCGUGAUCGUGGAAUAUGGGGACAUUUCUACACAAGCGGGGGUGAAUGAGAUACUUGAAAAAAUUUAUUGCCUAAAUAUGCCGCCCCUUAGGGGUGUUUUUCACCUAGCAGGCGUUCUUGCUGAUGCGACCAUCCCUAAUAUGACCAUGGAAAAGUUGGAAACUGUGUGGGCAGGGAAGGUGGCUGGCGCAUUUACUCUUCAUGCCGCGACGUCUCGCCUGAAUCUGGAGCAUUUUGUACUUUUUUCGUCAGCCAAUUGGAUUCUUGGGGGCCCUGGACAAGCAAACUACUCGGCUGCGAAUGCUGCCCUCGCGUCUCUAGCUGAUUUCAGACACCGCCUAGGUCUUAAAGCAAUUAGCAUCGCCUGGGGGCGGUGGGGCGAGAUUGGGAUGGUGCGAGACUUGAAGAGGACUGUUUUGGGCCUCAAGCCAUUUUCUACUGUAAGUGGGAUCAAUACGAUGGAACACAUUCUCCGAAAUUCAGUCAUGCUUGGCAGCAACGUCAUGGCAGCCGAACUUAGCGGAGAUGUUAAAACUUCCUGGUUAGGACACUAUGUUGAAACUGUUGCCCGCGUAGCGGCUGCAGAUUUGAAAGUCACAGAUCGCCAAGACCGUUCCGAACUCCUUCCCGGAAAUCUAAAGGAAACUGUAUUCAAACUAGUGGCUAAAAUGUUACGUAUCAGCGAUCCAAAUAAGCUCAAUGGUGCAGUUUUGAGGGACAUUGGGAUGGACUCAUUGAUGCGAAUUGAGCUGAAAAACAGACUCCACAGACUUUAUAACGUCGUAGUAGAAGUAGGAACUACUGUAAUAUACGUAAAUGUCAAGAAAAGUGUGUUGAAAGUCUGA